CCUAGCUGAGCUAUGUUUGCAAGCACAGUGCAGUGUCACAUUAGCAUAGCGGUGGGCAUGUCGUUGCAAUGAACUCUUGAGCUUUUUUUUUUUGUGUUAUCCUAACUGUAAUUCCAAGAAAGAAAAAUUACCAGCACUUAGUUGGGACUAGACCUAAGAAGAAAAAAAAAACACGACUCAUUAGGAGCUGGUUGGGCUAGUUUUUUCAUACUGCUGUGUAUAUAAACUCCGAAGAAAUCUUGUGCUCUACAAGAAAGCAAAAAUGAAUCGCUCUAAGAAUUUUGGAAAGAUUAAGAAAAGGUUAGAAGAGAUCAAAAAUAAAUGGGCCAAGUUGACAAAAGUAGAUUUCAGUUAUAAUGAAAGUGCCAGACUGGCAACUGAUGCCCUUUUGGAUGGAGGAACAGAAGCCUACCAAAAAGUUCUUAAUGAAGAAGGAGAAGUGGACUUUCUUUCUCUAACAGAAGUCCAGUACAUUAAGGACAACAUGAAAGAACCCUAUUAUGCCAAUGAAAAUCACUCAGAAAAUGAUAAAGGAUCCACACCAAAUGGAAACACUCACUCAGAAAGUUACUAUCCAAUGAACUCAGAUAGCAGUGAGCCAUCCACACCGUUGCAUAACUGGAGCACAGAAGAAAAGCCUUAUCUAAAGGACAAGUCCAGUGCCACAGUGUACUUCCAGAAUGAUAAAACCAACAACAUCAGAGAAUCUAUAAGGAAGUGUAUACACCGAACAAGCCAGGCUUUGGCCGUUCUGAUGGAUGAAUUCACAGAUGCAGAAAUUUUCUGUGACAUUCUGGAGGCUGCGAACAAAAGAAAUGUAUUUGUCUACUUGUUACUGGAUGUCACAAAAUUAAAGCAGUUUACACAGAUGUGUGAAAAACUUCAGGUUAAAGAUGUGCAUCUCAAGAAUGUUUCAAUCCGGAGUGCAACUGGAGAUGUUUACUGUGGAAAGUCAGGCAGAAAAUUUGCUGGUCAAAUCCAUGAAAAAUUUAUUAUAUCUGACUGGAGAUGUGUUCUGUCUGGAUCAUAUAGCUUCACAUGGCUCUCUGGUCAAGUUCAUCGAAAUUUCCUGUACAAAUUUACUGGGCACGUGGUAGAGCUGUUUGAUGAGGAGUUCAGGCACCUUUAUGGAUCAUCCAAGCCAGUGAUGGGAUUAAAGUCUCCAGCUCCAAUGGCUCCUGUCCUGAAACGCGAUAAUAGCAGCAGCAUCACUGAUAGCAGCACGCAUGAGAGCAUCAACACCACCUCAGAACCCUUCAGUAACUCCUCAGCUGCCAGUGUCCCCCGUGUAUCACAACGGCCAACGUCUCCGGUGUACACGGCUCCUGUUCAGCAAGCUCCACUGCAAAGGAUGAAUUCCUUCCAUGGAUAUUCAAACCUAAGGUCUCCUCCACCACAAAUCAGCUACCAGCCUAAUUACUACCAGAGAAAUUACAUGCCAGAGUCACCAACGCACUUUUUCAAUAACAAUGCCAACAUAUACAGGUCCAUGAGAAUCAGGCAAGAUGACUUUACCACUUCAAGAUUUAACCAAGGCUGGAGACCUUUUGCUAACCCAAGAAUGACUUAAUUUUUUUUAAAUAAAUACUCCAUACAAUGAACUGAAAUGGACUAAAAGGUGCAAGCACUCUGCUAAAAUACUUUUAUGGAUUAUAUAUUUUAAUAGACAUAUAAUGCAUUGCAUUGUAAAUAGUUUGUAAACAUUAAAAGCUGUAUGUUGAAAAUGUAAAUAGUUCUAUAAUCAGUGGCUGGUGGAUAUAAAAUCCAAAAAUAUCUCCAUUUGGUUUAAUUAUGUAUUUUUUUAAUCUUUAGGAUAUGCUUUAACAGCCGUUAUUGCACUUGAAAAUCAUAUUUUUAAGUUGUUUAUAUCACUGUAAAUAUAUUUGUUCCUGGUUACAAUGUGUUAUAAUGUAGUCACUCAUAGUAUUAAAGAACUAUAAGCAUAACAAAAAAUAAAUUACAGAUUAUGUGGCUUGCUCACAUUUUAUCAAUAAUUACAUUUAAAGUUACAUGCAGCUACAUUGAUUUAUAAGUAUUUGUUCCAUUUGUUUACUAGUCUCCCUGAAUUUACUAAAGUCAUAGCUAAUGGCAAAAAUGGUUUGGCCCAUUAAUACAUUUCACCUAAUGUCAUGAAUAAGGUGAUUAGAAUUGAAAAAACAUGUUAAACAUAAUAGAAAAACUAGAUUUUUAUAACUGGAAGCUAUACAACCAUAUGAAAAAAUUAUUGGUCCUUAAUGUCUUCCAAAAUAAAAGUUUUACCUGUGCCAAUUGCAGCAUUUUACCCUGACAUAAUUUUUGGAGAAACUGGCAAGCCUAUUAAUUUAAUUGACAGGUUUCUCAAAUAUUCUUAGUCAUCUGAGUUAAAGGGACAUGAUACCCAAAUGUUGAAGCCCUUGAAAGUGAUGCCGCAUAGCUGUAAAAAGCUGACAAUAAAAUAUUACCUGAACAGCUCUAUGUAAAAAAGGAAGAUAUUCACCUCAAAAUGUCCUAAGUACUCACACCUCACUUUAAAGAGACUUUAGUCCCAGGACUUCCAAGUGAGUGUGCAUCUAUCACGUGCAUUCAUGUUAUUUUCCUAUUCAGUUUAAGGACGUUUACUGUGAAAUCUCAUGAGAUCACAGCAAAGCAAUGCAAGACCUCAGCACUGCUGAUGCUGAUUGGCUAUUGUGGAUUUUUUUGUUUGCUUUUUCAACUUGCAGCUUUACAGCAACUGUUAGCAGAGAAGUUACUCUGGUGAACUGAAGAAAUUUUGAGGUAAAAUCUCUUCCCUUUUUACUUAGAGAUGUUCAGGUGAUAUUUUCAUGUCAGCUUUUUACAGAUAUGCUGCAUCAUUUUCAAGUGUUUUAGCAUAUGAGCAUUAUGUCCCUUUAAGUGUAUUAACUUAGUUAAAGGGACAUGCUACCAUAUGCUAAAUUACUUAAAAGUGAUGUAGCAUAUCUGUAAAAGCUGACUGGCAAGUAUCAAAUAUAAAAAAAAGGAAGAUAUUUUACCUCAACUUUUUUUCAGUAAGUAUUCUGAGAGCAGUUAUCCUUCAGCUGCUAUUUUUAAUGUCAUCUGCACAGUGGGGGGAAAAACAGCCAAUCAGCAUAAUCAGUGCUGAGUUCGUACUUUGCUUUACUGUGACCUCAUGGGAUUCAUCAUAAUCUCACAAGAUUUUGAAGCAAACUGAUUCAGUAUUUGGGCUACAUGUACCUUUAAUGUGCAAAAGAAGUUGAGAUGCAUAUUUGAUGAAUGUCCCUUCCUCAUAUCCUACUUCCCAUCUCCAUUUUUAUAAAUGCUUUAAUUGUACUUAAUGUGAACAUGUUGAUGAUUGCUGCUGUUCUCAGGUUUAUAACAGUCGAUAACUGCAAUAUUGAAAAUACUAUGAUGGUUACCAGUAUUGUUGUGCACUGAAUAUAUAAAUAAAAUAUUUAUCUAGUAAGUGAAAA